CACUCAGCACCUCUAGGGGCAGCCGGGAGGAAAAUUACCAGGCAGGCUUGGUGCGAAUACUGCCUCCUCAGAGCUCCAGGAACCCAGUUCUUAGCUGUGAUGGAUCCUUGCAAUGAAAGAAUUAAGAAGGGCGGGCGCGGUGGUUCACGCCUGUAAUUCCAGCACUUUGGAAGGUCGACGUGGGACGAUUGCUUAAGCCCAGGGCUCAAGGCCAGCCUGGGUAACAUGAACAAUUCUUAACGUCCAAAGAUAACGUCUUUCCUUAACGUCGAAAGAUGCCUUGUUGUGAUAUUACAGCAGUCAUUCCUGCUCACUACGGGCAAGCAGACAGUGCAGAAAAGGUGAAGCACAAAAACUAAAAAGGAAAAUCUCUCCUUGAACCACUGCGAACAGAUCCGAGUGCUGGGGUACUGCUGCCAGCUGGUUGGUGGAGUUCUGGUUGAACAGUGUCCCACCAGGUCCGAAGUGGGGACACGUCUGUUGGUGGUGUCUACCCAACUCAGCCACUGCAGGACCAUCUUGCGACUCUUUGAUGACCUGGCCAUGUUUGUCUACACUAAGCAAUAUGGCCUGGGGGCACAGGACGAGGACGCCUUUGUCCGCUGGGUCUCCGUCCUAGGGAACCUGGCGGACCAGCUCUACUACCCCUGUGAGCACGUCGCCUGGGCGGCUGAUGCCCGGGUCCUCCACGUGGACUCUUCUCGGUGGUGGACGCUGAGUACAACCCUGUGGGCCCUCUCUCUGCUCCUGGGGGUUGCCAGCCUCCCCGACUACUGGCAGCAUCCGCAUGGUGCAUUUGUUACAACUGAUGCCCCUCCUUGGAUCCGUCAUCACCCCAAGUCCCUGUGGAUGCUGCUGAAACUGAGACAGAGGCUGCGGAGCCCCACGGCGCCCUUCACCAGCCCGCUGCCCCGGGGCAAGCGGAGGGCCAUGGAGGCGCAGAUGCAGUGGGAGGCGCUGUCACUUCUCAGCAACCUGGCCGACCUGGCCAACGCCGUGCACUGGCUGCCCCGGGGCGUGCUGUGGGCCGGCCGCUUCCCGCCAUGGCUAGUGGGCCUCAUGGGCACCAUCUCCUCGAUCCUCAGCAUGUACCAGGCGGCCCGGGCCAGCAGCCAGGCCGAGGCCACUACCCCCUGACACUGCCGGAAGAGCACAGGGACACAGCCAGAGCCCAUGGAGGGCCCUUCCCGCAAAGCAGAAGCCGCCAGGGCAGGGGCCGGGGCUCUCAUGGAGCUGCCUGUGGUGAAACCCAUGGGCAGGGUGGGUGGAGGGACUGAUGCGAGGUCCCCCAGGCCUCAGCCUGGAGCUCCUGAGCCAUGACAGUUUUCAGGGGCCGUGGAGGGCUUCAGCAGCACCUCCUGCCUGCCAGCUGGCGUCUUGUAUCCAAAUCAAGAUGAGGAAGAGGGAGCCUGUCGUGCCUUGAGAAAGCUGGAACGGGAAUCAAUUAAACAUUGUGGUGCUGGCGCCUGG